AUGCUGCAAAAGCAUGAAGAGCAGCUGGAAGACCUGGGGAAAAGAACCGAUGAGCUUGAACGCCAAGUCACAGGGGUGGGAGCUGAGGCUGAUUCAUCCAUGAGUCAGAUUGAAGUCCUGGAGAUACAGAUCUGUGGCUUAAUGGAUCUGGUGGAUGAUCUUGAGAACAGGGGCAGAAAGAAGAAUCUUCAGGUUGUUGGCCUGCCCGGUAGGACAGAAAAUGUUGCCCUGGGCAGUCCGUUUGUGGAAAGUUCUGUACGUGAAGCCAUAGAACUUGUGGACAAGGCCUACAAAAUGUCCAGAGACCAACACAAGGAGAAACUGAGAAAAAGGUCCCUGAGAACAACUGACCUUCUACGUUUCUUUAAGCAACCGUUGGCAGAAACAAGGAGAGCAGUGCGAUCAGCAGAGUACAUGGAAACGGCACUGCACCUUAUUCAACGCAAUGUUCAUCGAGUCCACAAGCGGUCCCUGAAUGCAUCAGAUUUAUUAACACCGGCUGACCUGGAUACCAUUGCACGUGUCACAGGCUGUCUGGCCAUACGCCAACCUCCGAUAUGUAAAUAUGACUGUUUUUCAGACCGAUACAGGACUUUCACCUCUGUGUGCAACAACAGAAGGAAGCCUCGCCUGGGAUCGUCCAACAUUGCACUCAGCCGAUGGCUCCCAGCUCGCUAUGAAGAUGGGGUUUCACUUCCACUGGGCUGGACUCCAACCAGGCAGCAUUUUGGAUUCCGGCUGCCACUGGUUCGAAAAGUGUCAAAUGAUAUCCUGAGAACAGCCAAUAAAGAUGUGGUCUCAGAUUUAACAAGAAGUCUUUUUUUUAUGCAAUGGGGUCAGUGGAUUGAUCACGACAUGAGUUUAAGCCCUUUUAGUGGCAGCCUCCAGACCUUCAAUGAUGGCAUCAAUUGUGACCGAACUUGUAUUCAGCAAAGUCCUUGUUUCCCAAUUAAGAUCCCUUCAGGUGACACAAGAAUCAAGGACACAACUAAAUGCUUGCCGUUCUUCCGCUCAGCUCCUGCGUGUGGCAGUGGUGAGCUGGGUGCAUUAUUUGGAGAUGCCAACACUCGUCAGCAGAUCAAUGCACUUACUGCUUUCAUUGAUGUGAAUGAAGUCUAUGGCAGCACAGACUGUUUGGCCAACAAACUCAGAAACCUCACUAAUGAACUUGGCCUGUUGGCUGUCAAUGAGAAAUACUCUGACAAUGGGCGAGAAUAUUUACCAUUUAACACCAUUUCAAGCAACCUUUGUGGAAGUAUGGGGGAAAGUUGUUUCACCAGUGAAAAUUCAACUCCAUGUUUUUUGGCUGGAGAUGUACGAGUGAAUGAACAGCUAGCCCUAUUAUCAUUACAUACAGUGUUUCUCCGGGAACACAAUCGUUUAGCGAGAGAGUUGAAGAGAAUGAACCCUCACUGGAGCGGAGAUACGAUCUAUCAUGAAGCGAGAAAAAUCCUGGGAGCUUUUCAGCAGAUAAUAACCUACAGAGACUUUCUUCCACUGCUUAUUGGGAAUGAAGCAACAGAGAAAUAUCUCCCACGUUAUGAAGCCUAUAAUGAAUUUAUUGAUCCUGGUAUUGCCAAUGUUGUCGCAACAGCAGCUUUCCGUUUUGGGCAUCUUAUCAUUCAGCCAAAGCUAUUCCGCCUUAGUGAAAACUACCAGGAACACCCUCAGUUCAAAAACAUUGACCUGCACCAGGCUUUCUUCACACCCUGGAGACUGAUCAAGGAAGGUGGGGUUGAUCCCCUCAUACGAGGUUUGUUGGGCAGACCAGCCAAGCUGCAGGUACUGGACAAGAUGAUGCAUGAUGAAUUACGUGAAAAACUUUUUGAAUUGACCAGCCAAAUAGCCCUGGACCUGGGUUCUUUGAAUAUGCAGCGUUCGCGAGAUCAUGGAAUUCCAGGUUAUAAUGCUUGGCGGAAAUUCUGUGGCCUUACGGAGAUCAGGAAUCUUAAUCAAUUUCGUCAAGUUAUCAACAAUUUGAAGGUGGCAAGGAAAUUCUUCGAAUUGUACAAAACUGCAAACAAUAUUGAUGUGUGGAUUGGGGCUAUUGCUGAACCUUCGGUCACAGGUGGAAAGGUGGGCCCAUUGUUGGCUUGUUUAAUAGGACAGCAAUUCAAGAACCUGAGAGAUGGUGACAGAUUCUGGUGGGAAAAUGAAGGUGUUUUUUCAGGCAGCCAACGCCAGGCUCUUUCUAAAAUCUCCCUGUCCAGGAUUAUCUGUGAUAACACCGGGAUUCGAUCUGUUCGUCGGGAAGUAUUUAAAUUCAGUCAAUAUCCAAGCGGAUAUGUGGAGUGCAGCACGAUACCAGCAGUAGACCUGAGUGACUGGAAGGAGGAUACUCAAGUGACCCCCUGUGGCUCUGUUCCUGUUGUGAGAUCUGGCCAUUUCUCAAUCUGUAAGUUGGCAGUCAAAUACACCUGUAAAUCCGGAUUCAGGAUGGUGGGAGAGGACACUAUAAAAUGUCUGAGUAAUGGAAAAUGGGACUCAACACCACCUAGAUGCGUGGGUGCAAGAGUCAAGAUUUGCUCAAAAUGGAAGCGGUUAGAGAAUGGAUACCUGGAAAAGGUGCAUGGAGUUCCUUGUGAGAAUGAAGGGGCAAUAGCAGUGGAGGACAACUUAACUGAACCAGAAGAACAUUAA